UCCCUUGCUCUCUGGCUUGUCAUGGACCUGCCUGUGGAAAAGUGGAAGUCUUAUGUUAAGCAGAAAUGGACUUUGCUGGAUCCAGCCCUGGAGGAGAGGUUGUGCUCUGCCCUGUCACUCCAGGAUCGCUUUCAUUUGGUCUCGUCUUUGUUCCAGCCUGAGGAUGAAGAGUAUUUGCACCGCCUGGCCGGGAACUACUGUGUGAAAAAAGAUCCUAGAAUGGUGCUUCUCUAUAAGGCGGAAGGGACCGAGAGAUUUCGGAAGAAGGAGUACCAAAUGGCAGGGAUGCUCUAUUCUAAGGCAUUGUCCCACACAGAGGUCAGCACUCCCGAGAGGGCAGUGUGUUACGCCAACCACUCAGCGGCCCUUUUUCACCUGGACCAGUUUGAGGUGUGUCUGGAAGACAUUGGGAGGGCUCUGGCAGAGGGCUACCCGCGGAGAUUACGCCCCAAGGUCUUGCUGCGGAAAGCAGAAUGCCUCCUUUCUCUAGGGAGGUCCCAGGAAGCGGCUGAAGCGCUCUGCGGUUUGGAGGGCGAAAUGUCUGCAGAUCAGAGUCUGACAGCUGACGGCCACCAGGGGCUGCUCAGUAAACUCAGGCAGCUGAAAGCAAAAGCCUGCCAGGGCAACAGCUUUGUCCGUCAGCCCACCGUGCCCAGCGGAGCCCGGGAGGCCCUUGAACCGUGGGAGGAAAACAACAGGAUUUUGUGCGCCUCCGCAGCAGUGAGCUUGAGAGUCUCCCCAGGCAGAGGGCGCCACUUGGCUGCUGCCAGGGCUAUUCUGCCUGGGGAAGUCUUAGUGAGGGAGGAGGCCUUUGUCAGCGUGCUGCGCCCAGGAGAAAGCUUCUUGCUCCGCGGCAGCGCUGAGACAAUGGCGGGUGAGCGGCUUGACAACGAAGAUCUUCACUGCCACCGUUGCCUGAGGCGGUUGCUGGCUUCCGUUCCUUGCCAGGGCUGCAGUUAUGCCAAGUACUGCAGCCAGAUGUGUGCGCAGCUGGCGUGGGAGAAUUACCACCGGAGAGAAUGCUCAGUGGGGGGACUUCUUCUCACACUGGGAGUUUUCUGCCACGUGGCCUUUCGAGCUGUUCUAGUAGCCAGCUUUGCAGAGAUUCAUGCUUUAGUUGGGCAGUCACACGGCGAGAACUCAGGGGAGGCUAAUGUUGCCAAAGGCUCCGCUUCGAAGGAACAGGACUUGGCCUCCGUGCCUGGUUGCGACGCUGACGGGCAGUACCACAGCUCCUAUCGAGCCGUCUUCAGCCUUCUGUCCCACACUGAGAAGCAGAGUCCGGAGUUCCUUUUCCUCUGCAGCCUGAGCGUAGCGGCCUUGUGCAAGAGACUCGGAGAGUCCAGCCUGGAAGCCCUGGUUUGGGCAUCUGAGCGCCAGGAAGGAGCAACGCCUGCUGAGGCAUCUCCUGAGCUGAAGAUCCUGGGGGAGGCCAUGCUGAAGCAUAUGUUGCAGCUAAGGUGCAAUGCGCAGGCUGUGACCACGCUGCGCGAGUCAGGGUCUGGAGAUAAACUGGUUGCUAGCAGUGAGCAGGUGCGCUUGGCUGUGGCACUCUUCCCUGUGGUCAGCCUACUGAACCAUUCCUGUGACCCAAACACCAGCGUGACUUUCAGCAGAACCACCGCCGAGAUCAGGGCUUUGCAGCCAAUCGCCAAAGGGCAAGAGAUCCUCCACUGCUACGGACCUCACAAGUGCAGAAUGGGAGCUGCUGAAAGACACAAAGAGCUCCUUGCACAGUAUUUCUUCAGUUGUCAGUGCCAGGCCUGCCUGAGUGAGCUGGGAUCCAGUCCUGAGAAGGGAGUGUCCAAGCACAGUGUCUUCCGUUGCCCUACCUGCCAGGCACCGCUGCAGGGGGAGGGCAUGCUCCGAUGUUCUCGUGAGGCCUGCAAAGUACUGAUCCCUGAAGAUCACUUGCAGUGUGAGUUGUUGCAACUCCAGCUACUAACCAAGACGGCCCUGGAGAUGCUUGAAAACAGCCAGCCAGAUCGGUCGGUGAAGCUGCUGCUGAGAUGCAGGUCAGAAGCUCAAAGACUCCUCUGUCCGGAGCACUUGAUCGUGGGCGAGAUGGAGGACCACUUGGCACAAGCAUAUGUGACCCUGGGGAAGUGGCAGGAGGCAGCAGGGCAUCUGCGUAGCAGCAUUCAGGCUGUAGAAGCCCAUUACGGGCCCUCCAGCAUUGAAGUGGGUCAGGAGCUCUUCAAGUUGGCACAAGUGCUCUUUAACGGGUGUGCCGUGCCAGAAGCCCUCAACGCUAUUCAGAAGGCCGAAAGGAUCUUGUCUGUGCAUCUGGGUCCUCGGAGCUCCCAGGUCCAAGAGCUGCAAGAGAUGAAAGCCUGCCUCCGAGAAUCGCUGGGUGCCUCUGUUGCAUCUGGAAGGUCAUGGCCAUCAUAGGGAAACCCACACACCAUGUGGUAAGGGCUCAGCUCAGGGAAUGGAGCAGAAGCGGGACACCACCACCACCCCCUGUCCUUUUUGGGGGCAGAUAGGCUGUUGCAGAUGGAUCACAUCCGAAAGAGGCAUCAGUCAGUCAUUGCGAUGUUGCCUGCAUGGCUAAACAUCACCACCCCUUUGCUUGUUCUCAGAAACUUCAAAGUUUCCCCAAGAACAAUGAAGACUG